AUGCGGCGCCCCGCUUCCACCACUCCUCCGUCCCUUGCACACGGGAGCCGCGCUGUUACUGAAUCAGCGCAUACGUCCUCCUUAUCUUCUGUAGCGACUGCAUCUGGUAAAUGCCGGCACACUCGCAAAUGGCUCCUUUCUUGGGUCGUCUUGGGAUUUUUUGCAGCCAUAGUGCUGUGCCUUCUUUCGCCGACCUUGUGGUUUAGGCGUCAUUCAGCUCAGAAUCUACAAGCAAAAGCAAAGGAACCACAUUCUCUUUUGCGGCUGCAUCAAAAUGAGUCAAUUGCGGGUAUCGUUGACGUGGAGGCAAUAGCGGAGAAAGUUAACGGGCCAAAAGAGGAUACUGAAAGACUUGAGCUGGAGCGGAAGCAGGAUAAUAAAGUUGGAAUGGUGACCGACACGCGUAAAGAAGAAGGUGGUGUGGACCUGUCGUUGAGUGGCACCGUCGAUGUGGCGGAUUCUGAUGUAAUCACUACCUCCCUUGCUGGUGCAACGCGGUCAGCAUUGACCCGGACAACACCAUUUGUUCCCUUGAGCUCAAUCGGUGUUCAAGUCCGUGGGAAACGUAGAAAGCCGUCGAUGUUGUCACAGCAGAUCGAAGCGGUGCUGUCGUCUGAUAAGAAGGAAGAAAGAGGGAAGGAAAGAUGGGAAGAGAAGAAAUUUGUUGGGAAAGACGCUACUGGGACUCGUGCGAUCGCACCAACUAUCGACGAGUCGAUACCGCUAGUACAGCACUCACAGGGAUUCACGAGCGCGCUAGAAUACGUUUACUCGCACGAGUUGAGUGCGGUCAACCGAUUAUCUAACGCAAGUUUGGCUGGCCCCGGUGAUGUAGAUGAUGGACACGCUACGAUGAUCACCAAGUUACGAAAUAGUACAGCAGACCGCGAUCUAUGGACGUCCGAGGAUUACCAGCAUGAAUUGCUUCGGCUAGAAGGUAUCAAACGGGAAGCCAUUGAAGAGUCCGAUCGACUAAAGAAUGUUGUCAGUGCAACCGACGAGCUCCUUUUGGAGGAAAGAGAUCGCUCGGAAGAUAGACGAGCGGCCAGUACAGUUGACAUACGCCUCCACCAACCUCGCAAGAUCUAUGGAAAUUUGAAAUGCAUGGGAUGGCGCCAAACUGGACAAUGUAGUCCGUAUGGCAAACGCGAACCAGGUUCGGACACUGCUUGCAGGCGACGUGUUCAAGCCGGCGUUUCAGGGUACUGUGAGCUACUGGACGAGAAUACUGGCGAGUCUUUUCGCGCCAUGCAGCUCAAUUGUUCGAGUUUGCGCGGCAACGCAAUGUUUUCAUGUGCAGAUGCUGCCAACUUUACUAAUUUCGGACCAUCAGCUCAAGAUGUUUACGGAAAUGCUUUGGCUCAAAACAGGUCGGACCCGUCGAAGCUGUUGGGUAACAGUGGCAGCGGCGAUGGGAUUGUCAUUGUCGUUUACCCAAAAGUAUUAGCAAGUGUGUUUGCAUCCGUCAACGUUUUACGGUCUCAUAACUGCACACUACCGAUUGAACUAUGGGUGUCGCAGCCUGAAGUGAUACGCGAUCCAAGGAUGAUUACAGCUCUGGAAGUGUGGCAGCAGCGCUUUUCCAACGUGACCGUGGAGACUAUUAUUGACCCCAACUUUGUUAAAUUUUCUACGAAAAUUUACGCUAUCCAACAUAGCAAGUUUGAGAACGUUUUAUUUCUGGAUGCCGAUAACAUUCCCGUGCGGGACCCGACGUUCCUAUUUGAUAGCCAGGAAUAUCGCGAGCACGGUGCUAUCUUUUGGCCGGAUUUUUGGCACCCAGAUAACACAGUUUUUAACAUUCACCGCGAGUCUCUAUUGUGGCAGCUAGUCGACCUUCCAUUUGUCGACAUGUUUGAGCAAGAGAGUGGGCAAAUGCUCAUUAAUCGAAAGCGAGCUGCAGUAGCACUUGAGGUGCUCAUGUUCUUCGCGUCUCACCGUCCAAACUAUUUCAGCCGGCUGUUGCUCGCCCACGGCGACAAGGAUCUAUUUCGACUCGCCUGGAUGAAAGCACAUACGUCUUUCUAUAUGGUGCCGUUCCCGCCAGGCUUAGCAGGGCCUGCGAGGGACAUGAACCCAAAAAGUUUUUGUGGUGUUACUAUGGUCCAGUUCGACUUGGAUGGCAAUGUCCUAUUUCUUCAUCGCAACGGCAAGAAACUUGGCAGUACGGCCGAUCAUCAAGAUUCGCCCUUCUGGACCCAUUUGCUAUCGCUUAAGGGGAAUGUACCACUAGCAGCGGACAAUCAAGAAGACGUUGCCAAUCCAUCGAAGCGGAUGGCGGCGCAGCGCUUGCGAAGCUACAAGGACUUGAAGCAGAUGUAUCGGAUUGCCUCCUACGCGAAAGACGCACGUGUCAGGGAGGACAAGGCUUGCUACGGCGCAAAUUUCGACUCCAUCGAGAACUUUGACCUGACCGAGUUUAAAGACCAACCGUUCGCUAAUUUAGAGCAAGAGAUAAUCGCGUAUGCGCGCGAAGCUUACCUUUUGAUGGCGUAG